AUGCAGGCGCGCUACUCCGUGUCCAGCCCCAACUCCCUGGGAGUGGUGCCCUACCUCGGCGGCGAGCAGAGCUACUACCGCGCGGCGGCCGCGGCGGCCGGGGGCGGCUACACCGCCAUGCCCGCCCCGAUGAGCGUGUACUCGCACCCCGCGCACGCCGAGCAGUACCCGGGCGGCAUGGCGCGCGCCUACGGGCCCUACACGCCGCAGCCCCAGCCCAAGGACAUGGUCAAGCCGCCCUACAGCUACAUCGCGCUCAUCACCAUGGCCAUCCAGAACGCGCCCGACAAGAAGAUCACCCUCAACGGCAUCUACCAGUUCAUCAUGGACCGCUUCCCCUUCUACCGGGACAAUAAGCAGGGCUGGCAGAACAGCAUCCGCCACAACCUCUCGCUCAACGAGUGCUUCGUCAAGGUGCCCCGCGACGACAAGAAGCCGGGCAAGGGCAGCUACUGGACGCUGGACCCGGACUCGUACAACAUGUUCGAGAACGGCAGCUUCCUGCGCCGGCGCCGGCGCUUCAAGAAGAAGGACGCGGUGAAGGACAAGGAGGAGAAGGACCGGCUGCACCUCAAGGAGCCCGCGCCGCCCGCGCCGCCGCCGCCCGGCCGCCCGCCCGCGUCCGCGCCGUCCGAGCCGGCCGAGGGCGCGGCGUCCGGCCCGCCGCCGCCGCCCGUGCGCAUCCAGGACAUCAAGACCGAGAACGGUACGUGCCCCUCGCCGCCCCAGCCCCUGUCCCCCGCCGCCGCCCUGGGCAGCGGCGCCGGGGGCUCCGCGGUGCCCAAAAUCGAGAGCCCCGACAGCAGCAGCAGCAGCCUGUCGAGCGGGAGCAGCCCCCCGGGCAGCCUGCCGUCCGCGCGGCCGCUGAGCCUGGACGGCGCGGACUCCGCGCCGCCCGCGCCCCCGCCCGCGCCGCCCGCGCCCCCGCCGCACCACAGCCAGGGCUUCAGCGUGGACAACAUCAUGACGUCGCUGCGGGGGUCGCCCCAGGGCGCGGCCGCCGAGCUGGGCUCCGGCCUCCUGGCCUCGGCCGCCGCCGGGGCGUCGCGCGCGGGCAUCGCACCCCCGCUGGCGCUGGGCGCCUACUCGCCCGGCCAGAGCUCCCUCUACAGCUCCCCCUGCAGCCAGAGCUCCAGCGCCGGCAGCUCCGCGGGCGCCGGCGGCGGCGCGGGCGCCGGCGGGGGCGCGGGGGGCGCGGGGACCUACCACUGCAACCUGCAGGCCAUGAGCCUCUACGCGGCCGGGGAGCGCGGCGGCCACUUGCAGGGCGCGCCCGGGGGCGCCGGCGGCUCGGCCGUGGACGACCCCCUGCCCGACUACUCGCUGCCCCCGGUCACCAGCAGCAGCUCCUCGUCCCUGAGUCACGGCGGCGGCGGCCAGGAGGCCGGCCACCACCCCGCGGCCCACCAGGGCCGCCUCACCUCGUGGUACCUGAACCAGGCGGGCGGAGACCUGGGCCACUUGGCCAGCGCGGCGGCGGCCGCCGCCGCGGGCUACCCCGGCCAGCAGCAGAACUUCCACUCGGUGCGGGAGAUGUUCGAGUCGCAGAGGAUCGGCUUGAACAACUCGCCGGUGAACGGGAACAGUAGCUGUCAGAUGGCCUUCCCCUCCAGCCAGCCCCUGUACCGCACCUCCGGGGCCUUCGUCUACGACUGCAGCAAGUUUUGACACCCCCGCCCCCACCCCUCGACGCCGAACUGAUUCGAACCCCAGAGCAGGAACAGCCCAAAGAACCGUCCGUGUAAAAUCGAAACCAAAAAAAAAAAAAAUUAUAUAUAUAUCUCUAUAUAUAUAUAGAUCUCUCCAGUUUUUAAAAUUUGAAAACCAGUCACCAAACCAGCGGACACGACCCCUCCAAAAGCUCAACUCACCAGCACAAAGAAAACUAUUUUUCUUAAAAGAGUCAUGCAGAGCCACCUCCACUUUGCCUUCUCUAGAUAAACAAAACUGUAAACUAUUUUGUACAGAAACGGCAAAGUCACGGUUUGUUAAAGGACAGUGUUACUCCAGAUAACACGUAAGUUUCUUCUUGCUUUUCAGAGAUCACGCUCCCCCCUCUCUCCUCUCAGCUCCCCCUUUCCCUCGCCUGCCUUCACCCCUCACCUGUAAGAUAUUAUUUUAUCCUAUGUCGAAAGGAAGGGGGAAAGCCCCCCCCCUAUAUGAAAAUCGCUUUCUUUUUAUUCAUGGACUUGUUUUAAAAUGUAAAUUGCAACAUAGUAAUUUAUUUUUAAUUUGUAGUUGGAUGUCGUGGACCAAACGCCAGAAAGUGUUUCCAAAACCUGACGUUAAAUUGCCUGAAACUUUAAAUUGUGCCUUUUUUUCAUUAUAAAAAGGGAAACUGUAUUAAUCUUUCUCUAUCUUUUCUUUCUUUUGUUGGACAUAUUCAUUGUUUGUUUAUUAAUAAAUUACCAUUCAUUUUGAAUGAGACCUUAUGUCUGGAUACUUUCAUACAAGCUUCUCAUCAGGAAAGAUUUCAGAGAUGGAAACGCUAGAAAUGACCUAUUCGAAAUCUCUGAAUAACGAGAAACCCUCUGACUAUUCCUUGUCAAAUUUCAUCUAAAAGCCUCUUUUUGUUUAGAUUUUUUUUUUUCCUGCUGCAUCUUCUGCAAUUUGUACUAUAUAGUCAGCUUGCUUUGUGGCUAGUAAAACGAUAUUUUCCUAAACAGAUCCGAGUUGGCAUAUAAACCAAGACGUUUUCUCGGUUAUGACAGAACAUGAUUUGGAAUUUUUUUAAGCCGGUGAAUCGGCAGCAAUUCCUGUGUGUAAAAGUCCGAUGUGCCUUCAGACAUAGACAAAUGAAUAUUUGGCUUUUAUUAUAACACAUAAAAAAAUUGCGAUGUGUACUCUACAUCCAAAUACUGGGUAAGCCAGUAAGCCAAAUACUGGGUAGAUUUUUUCCCUAUUAAUUUCACUCUGUAAGAGGGAAAAUAAACCAGUUUUAAAAUGUAUGUAUAUAACUCACCCACAUUUACAGUCCUUCGUGGGUUAACUAGAAGGAUUGAUUUUUUUUUAAAAAAAAAAAUAUACUGAGGGUUGGAAAGGGAUAUUUAAUCUUUGGGAAACUAUUUUAGGAGAUAUGUUUGUAGAGCAAUUAUUUUUUGAAAAAGAUGAAAGCAAUAACAAGAAGGAAGGAGAGACGCAGAACAUUGUAGUCCAGGGUGGUUUCUUUUCAAUCCAAUUUUUCUUGUUAAUUUACAGUUAAACCUAGGGGGCAAUCCGGAUUGGCCCUCCCCCUUUGUAAAUAACCCAGGAAAUGUAAUAAAUUCAUUAUCUUAGGGUGAUCUGCCCUGUCAAUCAGACUUUGGGGAGAUGGCGAUUUGAUUACAGACAUUCUGGGCCUUUGUUUGUUUUCGAGAUAAUACAGUUUCCUGCUAUCUGCUGCUCCUAUCUAGAAGCAACACUUAGCAGUAAUUGCUGGUGGUUGUUUUCAGAAUUUGAUCAUUGUUAAAGGAUUGCUGCAAAUAAAUACACUCUAAUUUCAGUCAAAAAACUGCUUUAC